AUGGUUCUGAUGGAACUUAUUUGUGGCAAGCUUGCUUUGGACAACACUCGUCCAACAGAGCAUAUUAAUCUAGCAAGAUGGGCAUCAAGCUGCCAAGAAAAGGGCACCUUUCAUGAGAUUAUAGACCCAUAUUUGAAUGGGAAAGUGAACUUAGAUUCUCUAAACAAAGUAUGUGAAUUGGCUUGGAAGUGUUUGGAGGAGAGACGCGUAAAUAGACAACCAAUAGGGUAUGUGCUGUGUGAGCUUAAAGAUGCUCUCCACAUUGAGUUGGCUUCACCGAUUCAGCGAGUUUCUGUGGAUUGUGCCAUCAAAAAUGGAAUGAAGGAUGAAAAGUACAUGAACAAAGUACAUGACUUGGCCUAG